AUGGACUCCGCAUUGAUGAAGUAUUGCUACGAAGAGCUGGUGCAAUCCACAGAUCAGUUCAACAAGGACGGGUUUAUCGGGAAAACCCAGUUCGGUAAAGUCUACCGGGGAAAACUCGAGUCCCGCAACUCCAGGACGACCUCGAGUCGUAAGGAUGAGGUCACCAUCAAAUUCUGGCGGUGGCCUCAGUUUUUUGCCGAAUUUUGUCACUGGGGAGAGUAUGAAAGUGACUGGUUAAUGAUCAAAAAUGAAAGACUUGUCCACGAAGAGAUUAGGUCCCAUCCAAGUGUGGCAAAAUUGAUCGGAUACUGUGACGAAGAAGGUCGUGAUGUGCUUAUUUACGAUCUGAGGCCACUCGACAGCGUUCAUAACCUCAUAACCAAAGAUAAUUUCGGAUGGCUACACCGAGUGAAGGUGAUUAUUCACAUGGCAUUGUUUAUCGAGUACUUGCACGCCCACAAUCCACAAUACUUAAUUCGAAAUAUAGAUGCACGCCACCUCAUGCUCGACGAGGGAUACAAUCUGAAGGUGUUAGAUUUCAGUAUGUUUCUUGGUGGAACAUUCCAAGAUUUGGUGAAAACUCCAUUUCAUAGGUUUGCAUUCGUUGGAAGUUUCGGUUACAAGGAUUUUCCUACUUUAUGUGAGUAG